AUGCAGUACGUGCGGAGCAUCAGCGGCUCCGUCUCCAAGACAUGGAACUCCAUCAAUCCAGCGACCCUCAGCGGCGCCAUUGAUGUGAUCGUCAUAGAGCAGGAGGAUGGUACCCUCGCUUGCUCGCCCUUUCAUGUCCGCUUCGGCAAGUUCUCGCUUCUACGUCCGUUCGAGAAAAAGGUGGAAUUCAAGGUCAAUGGAGUUAAACAAGAUUAUGCGAUGAAACUAGGGGAAGGCGGGGAGGCUUUUUUCGUGUUCGAAACCACCGACGAGAUCCCUGCGUCAUUACAGACCUCGCCGUUGGUCUCUCCCGCGAGUAGCCCGCCACUUCCCAGCGAAGAUGUCGCUGCAGCUCUCCCAGAACCUGAAUUCCUUGACCUCGAUAAAGCGAGCGGGGAUGCUAUGUCGGAAGGCGCGAAGACCCCUCCAACAAAUCCCAUAUCCCGCCCAGUGCGGGCAGCUACGGAUCUAGGUACUAAUCAAUCUCAACUAUUUUCUUCGGCUACAUUUAUUGACUUGAUUCUUUCAUCGCAGGCACUAUUACUCCCGUGUCUCGGUCACCAGAUGAGUCGCCUGACAGCUCGUUCACCAAACCCCCACUCGGUCAUUCGCUUUCGGAGGAUUUACUCUCCGCUAGCGUUCCUAAAGUCUGCAAGAGACUUGUCCCCUGAUGGCCCAGGACCUGCUGAAGGAGAAGAUGUCGAGCAAAAAGCCCGCCCACGGAGCCCACCAGCGAUCACUCCCGAAGAAGCAAUGUCUCGAGCCAAAUCCCUGUCCCAAAAACUCUCCGGGUCCAACAUCCCGUCACACAUCACAGAGACUGGAGACCUGAUGCUAGACAUGACGGGAUAUAAAAGUAACGAGGAAGAUGCGCUCCGCGCCGAAGUUCUUGCCCGCAAGAUUCUUGCAGAAGAAUUGGAAGGGAGCUACGAUAUCGGUGCUCUCAUCGGAGCGGAUGAACACGGGAACUUAUGGAUAUAUAGCAGCGAAGAGGCCAAGGAAGAGGCGGACCGGAAAGCUACCAUCAACUCCAUGCGGCAUAACCCGGCUUUGAAUGAGGAUGCAGUCUCCGACCCUGGAUACCACAGUGAGGGAGAACGACCCACUUUGGAGCCAUCACUGGGAGUCCGUCACCACCGGACCAAGUCGGAUGUACAGCCUGGAUUUCCUACACCUCCGGCGUCGCCGAUGGGUGAUUCAUUCGCAGUUGAGACUCGCAACUACGCGAAGACUCUGCGACUGACGAGUGACCAGCUCAAGGCUUUGAAUUUGAAACAUGGCGCCAACCUCAUGUCCUUCAGCGUUAAUAAGGCCACCUGUACAGCAAGCAUGUACUUAUGGAACGGUAAUGUUCCAAUCGUUAUUUCUGACAUUGACGGAACCAUCACGAAAUCGGAUGCUUUGGGUCACGUUCUGAACAUGAUAGGACGAGACUGGACCCAUGCAGGUGUCGCCAAACUGUACACUGAUAUCGUCAACAACGGUUACAACAUCAUGUACCUUACCAGUCGAUCCGUUGGACAGGCAGAUACUACACGAGCGUACCUGUACGGCGUUAAUCAGGACGGAUACCGUCUCCCCAGAGGACCCGUGAUUUGCAGCCCAGAUCGUACGAUGGCAGCAUUGAGACGCGAGAUCUAUUUGAGAAAGCCGGAAGUCUUCAAGAUGGCGUGUUUGCGCGACAUUUUGAAUUUGUUUUCUGGAAAAGAGAAUCCUUUCUGUGCCGGCUUCGGAAACCGAUUGACGGACGCUUUGAGUUAUCGAUCUGUCAACAUUCCGUCCACGCGGAUCUUCACCAUCAACUCGAACGCUGAGGUUUCUCUUGACCUGCUCAGCCUGAACAAGUACAAAAGCAGUUACGUGACCAUGCAAGAACUACUUGAUCACUUCUUCCCACCGACUAGCCUUUUGGUUCAGUCUGGUGGCGAAGAAUAUACAGACUUCACAUAUUGGCGAGAUACGCCGCAAGAGCUCGAUGAUUUUUCCUCCACCGAUAGCGAAGAUGAGGACGACGAGGAGGACGAACCCGUUGAAGACGAGGUUCUCGAAGAAGAUGAAGACGUAGACGAGGACGACUACGAGGACGAGCUCAGCGAUGGCGAAGGCAGUGAAUACUUUCAAGAAGGAGAAGAGGGCCUCGACAUGGCCGCAAGCUAUAUCUCCCAGGCCUCCGAAGCCUUCUCCAAUCCAGCGGGAUCGAUCGUGGAAUCCAUUGAGGGCGGUCAGGACCUCGAGAACGUGGAAACCACCGGCGAGGAAGAUGCCAUUCCGGGCGCAGAUCCAUUGGCUCAGGUGGCUGACUCAACGUCUCUACCUAUACGGACCAAGACCUCUCGGGACUGA